AUGCCCGCGUUCUUCAGCUUCUUCCGCUCACGGGAGUUUUUCGUCGCAGACGACUGCGGAAGCCCAACGCUGCAGCCAACCUUGAGGAAGAUGCCGAGAGCUCUCGAAGACCGCAAGAAGGUCUUGGAACAGCGAUUCAAGGCAGUGAAGAUGUUGAGAGAAGGGGUCCAUUCAGCCCUUCACGACCAAAGUGCAUUCUUGAAAAAGAUGAACGAUGCGGCCUCGGCCAAGAUGAACGACCUGGAGUAUUUCCCAGCCGUGGAGUUGCAUAUGUUUCCAGAGGAUCCCUUGAAUGCCACGGCGAACUGGCAGGCACUGCUGGUGCCCACGGUGCCAGAGGCCUUCGGCAAGACGCUGCGCCUCUGCCACAAGGACGCUCAACAAGCCACGUGCAUCGCCGAGCUUCCGUUUCCACGGCUGCCCCGGCAUCUACGGUCUUUGGCUAGCUCCUGGGACCCCCUGGAUCGAUUGAGGUCCACGCCUAUAUGGCUGAAUCGGCUUGGCGAGGGCUCGCUGUUGCUCGGGAUGCUCCUGCUGGUCGUGGCCACCGCCUGCCUGACACUUAUGUGGUGCGGCCAGAAUUCAGAGAAGCUGACCUUCAGCAUGCCGAAGUUGCCCGUCAAGUAUUUGCUGGCCCACCAUGCCGAGCUGUAUCCUGAUGCCGGGGGGAUGGAAGAGCCCCUUUUGGUUCUGGAUGCCGGCAUUGAGGUUGUCGUGGAGGAAGUCUCUUCUGCCACCAGAUACAUUAGCUUCAAGUCGGUCCUACAGGAGUGGCAGGAGCUUUACAGGCGUGCCUUCAGAAGUCCCAGCGCAGCAUUGUGGGGUCGCCUCAAGAAGCCCACUGGCUGGAUACUGCUGCACGAGGAGCACGGACCCGUCAGCGUGCUGGCAGAGCCCAUGGAGGCUUCUCUGCAAGGCCACCCGGACCUAGUACCCAGCCUCCUGCCGAUGAUCAGGAAGAACGCAUUCCUCUGCGGCGCAUACCUGUCAGCUCAGUGGUUGGCCAUGGCUCGCCUCACGGCCGUGUUCGGCAGACGUGCCUUCGCUUUCCUGGUCUGCAUCCUGUACCUGCUCCACUUGCUGGUCUUGCUUCAGCAGGCCUUGUCAUUCCACCACGGCCUAGAGCACGAAGAGCUGCUGACGCAGCGCAAGCUACUCCGAUUGGCUCCAACGCACCUGCUAACGGGGAUUUUUUGGCUGCUGGUGCUGCCAGUGGUUCCGCUCCUAGUCCAUGGCAUGCGCGCAGCCUUUUCCGAAAGUCCCCAGCUCAGCGCACUCGCAGUCAUUUGCACAUGCGUGCUGCUACAUGCCAAGCACCUGCAUGAUGCCACGUCCAGCCACAACAAGUGGAGGGAGCCACAAAUCCAAAGCAAAGAGUAUGUGCCUUUCACCGCGCUGCCCUUGCAAAUGGCAUCAGAUGCCCCGACCAAGCUCACGUACGAUGGGGCUCUGAAGUGGUUGGCAGCAAAAGCCGUGAAGAUGAUUUUUGCUUGGCUGGCUUCAUGUGCACUGGCAAUGAUUUUGUUGGAUUUGCUGCAGAUGCGGGGACAGCUCCUCAAGUACGAUGUGAGCAGGGGCCACCUGACGUCCCCUGGCAGCCGGGAGGCUUUCCACAACACCCUCUUGCUGGACACCAACGCUGAUUCGCUCACCCUCAACGUGGAGCUGUUUGAUCAUACUCGCGACCUUCUGCUGAAGGUAGAGCAUCCUCUGCUCAACGACACGGAGCUGGUCCGCUUCAAUGAGUCCGGUGAGCAUCAGAUCUCGAUCCCACCAGGCCCACUCUACGGCCGCAUAUCCCUCUGGGCUGUAGGCUCCUACGCGGACACGAACUAUACCAUUCAUGUCAUCCGCGUGGCACCGGCCAUCAAGGUGUCCGUGAACAGCUCCUUCAAUUCGUCCAAACACCCAUCCUUGGCAGAUGUCCGCUUUUACGAGGAGCGCCGGCUGCAGUACUUGUUGGAAUACCCCACCUGGUAUGUUCCGGAUGUGGACAUGGCCGCGACCUCCGCCAUCGAGGUCUCCCUGGACUCGGUCGUGCUGGCCCCCAUGGCGCUGGAUGGACAAAGCAGCGAUGUGCCCACCGUGUCACCCAGGCGAUGCAGCCACGUGUGCGGGCCCCGCAAGGCCGGCUUCGGCAACGCCUGCGUCUAUGAGCAGGCAGUGGAGCUGCCUGUGCCACUUUGCGUGGGCCUGCACAGCCCACAGCAGCUGGACAUGGACACAUCUGAUCUGAGUGUCGCCGGCAAAAACUCAACUUUGUUGGACUGGCUUCGCGAUGUAAAUGUGAGCGGCAAGUUCGUCAUGCUCGACGAUUUCUCAACAGAGGACGGAACGAUGCACUGGCCCUUCGAUGCCGCAGUUGUGGGUCUCCACAACAGCUUCAGCCUCUCGACCUCACUGUCGUCCCUGGCCGGCAGUGUCCAGUUGGAGAUUGCUGUCACCCAAGAUCCCACCAGUGCUGAGCAGCUCCGCAUUCCACUGCAAAUCGUAGCGCAUCCACCUGCCGUGCAGCUGGCGCUUAACUGCUCCACCGGCUCUACCUGCUUCUUCUUGCCGGAGUUCAACAUGGAAAGUCCCCGUACCGAGUACGCCUUGUGUGGCGCUGAAACACAGAAUGUGUCGGUGUGGGUGGACGAUCCGCGGUUUACCAUUCGCGCAACAGACUCCGCAGAGGCAACGCAAUGUACUGGCCACGGCCAAGUCAUGCGAACAGAGUACAGAGUGUCACGUGCUGAGUCGGAGAAGGACUGCCCUUGGCGCGAGUACUAUGUGCCAUGGGAUUCAGGCUACGACCUGGUCGUGAGGCGGUCCAUCUUGAAGUGCUUGGAGAUGGCUGUGGACUCGCAGGCUGUGAAGGCUUUGGGGAGCAUACUAGAGACUACUCGUUACGAAGGCCGGGUGAAGCGAUUCGAAGUGAGGGAUCUGAUGGGUGCGGAGAUGCUGCUGGUCCGGAUGGGCUUGGUUGAGAGCGCUGACAACAACCCGUGCGUUGACGAUGCUGGUCUCUUGGGUGCCUCACUUCGCAAGACUCCAGACAUCCAAAUGGCGAAGCUCAUGCUCGAGAUGGACGCCAACCCAUCUGCGAAGAGCGGUCAAGACACACCCCUGCAGAUUGCCGCCGCCCGGGGCAACAUGGCUGCCAUGCACCUCCUGCUAGGCUACAAAGCAGCGACGAAGGGCUCGUUGGCGGUGGCCGCUUCCCGGUGCCAGAUCAAGGCCAUGGAGCUGCUGAUAGCGAAAGAAAAGCAAGGCAAGAUCGACAACGAGAAGGACGAAAACGAGGAGGAGGAGGAGGAGGAGGAGGACUGCGAUGAGUCGCCGUUUGGUGACGUCUUCGAGGAGCAGCCUUGGUUCAACUGCACUGAGGUACCUGUGCUACGGAAAGUCAUGGAGCUUCUCGAGAACGGCACCAGGUGCGUGCCGGAUACAAACUGCAAGGGCUACAUGCUCCAAACCGCCAUUCACCAUAAGGAUGCCCAGGUGACACGUGUCAUGUUGGAAAGAGGUGCCGAUGCAAACCUGGUGGAAGGCUUCACGCCUCUUGGCAUGCUGAUGCAACAACGUGAGAAAGAGCCGGUGAUCUCCCUCGAGACGUUUGUCGUCAUCGCAAAGCUGUUGAAGGAUUAUGGCAUGGACAUCAACAGACCAACGAAUCUCGCAGGCGACAGGGUCUUGACCGAAGCCGCCAAAAACUGCGACCUCGAAGUGGCGGGGGCCCUGCUGAAGCUGGGAGCGGACCCGACCAUGACAAACCAUGGUGCAAAGAAUGCCAGCCAGGUGGCCCAGGACAAGUGCGGCAAGGAGGCCGCCCGCUUUCAGAAGCUCCUGGCCACUCAGACUUACAUCCACAAGAGUGAACCGUAA